CAGGGCCUCCCGGCAAACGGGGCAAACGAGGGAAGAAAGGCGACACCGGUGAUCCUGGACCAGCGGGCCCGGCAGGUCCGCCUGGGAAAAAUGGUUUUCCGGGCCCGAAAGGAAUAAGAGGGACCAGAGGCUCGACGGGACCCAUUGGACUGGACGGCCCGAAAGGCGACGUCGGUCAUCCGGGCGACAAAGGACAGAAAGGCGAUUCCAGCGCGCCGAAUUUCGACAUAUACGCCGCGGUUAAGGGUCUACAAGAUCGUGGACAUAACAUAUCGGCGGAAAGCAUAGUCAUGGUUAAAGGCGAGCCGGGAGAACCAGGACCGCCAGGACCAAUUGGGGCACGAGGACCCGAAGGAGCAAUGGGGGUGGAAGGUAAACAAGGACCACCCGGCGCUCCAGGAUUGGUUGGACCGAAGGGUGACCGAGGAGAACAAGGGCUGCAGGGCACACCUGGUCUACCUGGGCCAAUUGGCGAAAAGGGUCUCAGAGGUGACAAGGGUGAUCGAGGAUUGACGACGACGUUAAAAGGCGAUCAAUUCCCAACAGGCAUCAUCGAGGGUCCACCAGGACCACCGGGACCACCUGGAUUACCAGGUCACAACGGUACGGACGGUAUCUCGGAACCAGGUUUACCGGGACCCCAAGGACCUCCCGGCCUGCCAGGCACGUCGGGUCCUAAAGGUGAAAAGGGAGAUUACGGAGACAUUGGACCUCCCGGUUUGAUGGGACCUCCGGGCUUACCAGGUCCACCUGGAUAUCCAGGACAAAAGGGCGACAAAGGUGAUAAAGGCGAGUCGAAAUACAACAACAAGAAGAUCAGAAGACGGCAAUUCCAAGGCGACGGCGCUUUCGAAACGAUUAAUGAACCGCAGUUAGUGGGACCUCCCGGACCACCUGGGCCGGCUGGAUUGCAAGGUCCUCCCGGCAUUAAGGGCGAACGAGGCAAAGAUGGCGACAAAGGCGAAAUAGGUGAAAAAGGAUCCAAAGGCGAUCCCGGUCCGAUGGGUUUACCCGGCCCGAUGGGACCAAGAGGAGAUUCGGUCCAAGGAAAGACCGGCCCGACGGGUCCUCCAGGACUGGACGGGAUGAAGGGUGGUCAAGGGGAGCCCGGUACCAAAGGGGAACGAGGAGAUCCUGGCCUGCCUGGUACGGAUGGCAUUCCUGGUGGUGAGGGUCCCAAAGGAGACAAAGGUUACAAAGGUGAACCUGGUCCGGUAGGUAAAAAAGGCAGGAAGGGCGACAGAGGCGACAAGGGCGAUCAAGGAGUGCCAGGACUGGACGCUCCGUGUCCCAUCGGACUAGACGGACUGCCGCUGCCCGGAUGCGGCUGGAGGCCGCAAAAGGAACCGACGACCACAACGAAAUCUUACCGGUCGCAGACCACCGCAGAACCGCCGGCGGACGAUUACGACGAGGGCGGUGGAGGCGGCGGCGACGAGGAGACUGGUGGCGAUUACGGUGACGAGUACACCGACGAGACGAACAGUUAUGACCCGACCGUGAAAUAAUAACACCGCUUGCGUUUGUCGUGCCAAAGAAGUUCAACGACGACGACAACAAACUGUUUUGAACCAAAGUUCGGUGUACAUAUUAUCAUAACAUUAUCGAUCAACAUCGAUUUACGACGGGAUCGUUGUGCACUGCAGUUAUUACGUCAUUAUGUUAAUUAUAUAUAAUAUUAUAAACUAGGUAAAUGUAAAUACAUUUUAUAUUAAGGCCUAUUUUGUAAGUCAGCACAGCUGAUGUAAUAGGAACCAUGACUUAUACAAACGAAUGGAUUUAUUAUUAUUUUUUUUUACAUGUUGUGUACAAUAAUAAUAAUUAUAUGUGACAUUAUAUUAUGUAUUAUGAAUCCAAAUCCCAUCGUUUGACGACCCUCCCCGCUCAAAAUCAACUCAGUUCCUUGUUGGG